AUGCACCUCCCCUCACUUGGGAAGUGUGCUGACAAAGCUGUGGAAGACGUGUUGGGGGGCCUGCUCAACUUGAAGAUGUUUGGCAGCGGCACGAAGAAGUGGUUUGUGAGGAAGCAGAAGAGGCAGCAGGUGCACAGGUCCUCCAGGAGGUCGUGCACCAAGCAGAAGACGCGCUGGGCCGCAAAGAUCCUCAAACAGCACAGGCAGAAACUCCUGAGCGAGCUGGACGUCAACACGGUGCUGCCAUACUUGGUCUACGACAAGGUCUUCUCGCUCGGGGAGUACAAGGAAAUACUCGGACAAGACUCCAACAAAAAGCGCACCGAGAUAUUUCUGGACCGUCUGUCUUCUAAAGGACCGGCUGCUUUCUGCUCCUUCUGCUCAGUUUUGGAGGAGGUGUGUCCUCACCUGCUCACCUGCUUUCUGUUGGACAGAGACGACGGUGGUCAAGGAGGAGGAAAGAAAGGAGGCUCUCCUCUUUCCCCAAACAGCCCAGGAAAGGAACCUUUGUGCUUCCCUCCAAUGUACACCGACCCUGUCUUUGACUCCAGGAUACACCCCAGCCCGACCGCUGGCUCCAUCACGGCCGCCUCCUCUGCGAGCACCAUUCAGGGCAAGCCAUCGCUCCGGCGCAUCAAGGGCCGAAUUCACAGGAGCAAGAGCCUGGACAGCAUCGAUCUCUUUGACUCCAAUAGCGCAGCAAUGGAGGAGACUGUCAUUUGGGAACAGCACACUGUAACACUGCACAGGGCACCAGGGUUUGGCUUUGGGAUAGCCAUAUCAGGAGGUCGAGAUAACCCUCAUUUUCAGAGCGGCGAGACCUCCAUUGUCAUUUCAGAUGUGCUAAAAGGCGGCCCAGCUGAAGGCCUACUACAGGAAAAUGACAGAGUGGUCAUGGUCAAUGCUGUGUCCAUGGAUAAUGUGGAGCAUGCAUACGCAGUCCAGCAGCUUCGUAAAAGUGGAAAAAUUGCCAAAAUUACAAUCAGACGGAAAAGGAAGGUGCACGUCCCCAUGGGUCGCCUCGGGGAGCGGGAAACCAUGUCAGAGCACGAUGAGGAGGAGGACAGCUAUGACGAAGAGAUAUAUGAGACGCGGAGUGGACGUAGCGGCACAUACAGCGGCGUGGGCGGAGCCAUGGGCAGACGAAGCGGUCGGAGCUGUGGUCGACGAGACAGGGAACGUGAACGCAGUGGCUCACGAGAGAGGAGUCUCUCGCCGCGGUCGGAUCGCCACUCGCACAAUUUACCCCCUCGUCCUGCCAAGGUGACACUCGUCAAAUCGCGCAAAAAUGAAGCAGAGUAUGGUCUGCGCCUUGCCAGCCACAUCUUCGUCAAGGACAUCUCCCCCGAGAGCCUGGCAGCUAGGGAUGGAAACAUCCAGGAAGGGGAUGUCGUACUGAAGAUCAACGGCACAGUGACAGAAAACCUCUCCUUGAUUGAUGCCAAGAAGCUGAUAGAAAGGUCAAAGGGCAAGCUAAAAAUGGUUGUUCAGAGGGACGACAGGGCAACCUUGUUGAACAUCCCUGACCUUGAUGAUAGCAUUCCUUCAGCAAACGCCUCCGACAGAGACGACAUUUCAGACAUCCAUUCGCUGGCAUCAGACCAUUCCAAUCGAUCGCAUGACCGACAUCGUAGCAGCCGCUCCCGCUCUCCAGACAGGCGAUCGGAAGCCUCAGAACACUCCAGACAUUCGCCUCCUCAAAUCAGCAAUGGCAGUCACAGAAGUCGAGAUGAUGAGCGGAUAUCGAAAGCGGCCUCAACACCAGCAAAGCUUUCAGAAGAACUUCCUCUGCCCAAGCCGAAGGAGGCAACACUCGCUCGGGAUGAGAAACAACUUCCGCCGCUUCCAGAACCAAAGCCAGUGUAUGCCCAGCCUGGACAGCCUGAUGUAGACCUGCCUGUCAGCCCAUCUGACGCUCCUGUGCCAAGUGCCGCUCACGACGACAGCAUCCUUCGGCCAAGCAUGAAGCUGGUAAAGUUCAAAAAGGGUGAAAGUGUGGGGCUGCGGCUGGCGGGAGGGAAUGACGUGGGCAUCUUUGUUGCUGGAGUGCUGGAGGAUAGCCCAGCUGCAAAGGAGGGCCUGGAAGAGGGUGACCAAAUUCUCAGGGUAAACAAUGUUGAUUUUGCAAACAUAAUCCGAGAGGAGGCAGUGCUAUUCCUCCUGGACCUUCCUAAAGGUGAAGAGGUAACCAUAUUGGCUCAAAAGAAGAAAGAUGUCUAUAGACGGAUCGUGGAGUCUGAUGUGGGCGACUCCUUCUACAUCCGCACCCACUUUGAGUAUGAGAAAGAAUCUCCAUACGGGUUAAGCUUUAACAAGGGCGAGGUGUUCCGUGUGGUGGACACCCUCUACAAUGGCAAGCUGGGUUCCUGGCUCGCUAUUCGCAUUGGCAAGAACCAUCAGGAGGUGGAGAGGGGCAUCAUCCCCAACAAAAACAGAGCAGAGCAGCUCUCCAGCGUGCAGUACACACUCCCCAAAACAGCUGGGGGCGACAGGGCGGACUUUUGGAGGUUCCGUGGUCUUCGCAGUUCAAAGAGGAACCUCAGGAAGAGCCGAGAAGAUCUUUCCUCACAGCCAGUCCAGACAAAGUUCCCGGCAUAUGAGAGGGUUGUCCUGAGAGAAGCUGGUUUCUUAAGACCUGUCGUCAUAUUUGGGCCUAUCGCUGACGUUGCGCGAGAAAAGCUCUCCAGAGAAGAGCCAGAUCUCUAUGAGCUUGCAAAGAGUGAACCAAGAGAUGCCGGAACAGACCAGCGGAGUUCAGGAAUUAUCCGUCUUCACACCAUCAAACAAAUCAUUGACAGAGACAAACAUGCUGUGCUGGACAUCACCCCUAAUGCUGUGGACAGACUGAACUAUGCUCAGUGGUACCCAAUAGUAGUCUUCCUAAAUCCUGACAACAAGCAGGGUGUGAAAAACAUGAGGACAAGACUUUGUCCAGAAUCUAGGAAAAGCGCCAGAAAGCUCUAUGAGCGAGCCAUCAAACUGAGGAAAAAUAAUCAUCACCUUUUUACCACCACCAUCAACAUGAACAACAUGAACGAUGGUUGGUACGGGGCUCUUAAAGAAACAACCCAGCAGCAACAGAACCAGCUGGUGUGGGUGUCUGAGGGCAAGGCGGAUGGCACCACGGAGGAUGACUUGGAUAUCCACGACGACCGCCUGUCCUACCUGUCUGCACCAGGUAGUGAGUACUCCAUGUACAGCACGGACAGCCGCCACACGUCCGACUACGAGGACACAGACACAGAGGGAGGAGCAUACACAGAUCAGGAGCUCGAUGAGACGCUGAAUGACGAGGUGGGUCUGCCCACGGAGCCUGCCAUCACACGGUCUUCCGAACCCGUGAAGGAAGACCCACCUGUCAUUCAGGACGCCCCUGGUUACCCUGGAUACCAGCACCCAGUGCCACCAGACCCUUCUAAUCGUAUAGACCCCACUGGAUAUAAGUUGCCCUCUCCGCAGCAGCAAGAUGAGGCUUCUCUGCCCAAGCCCCCGUUGCCUCCAGCGCCCUCUGCUGUUGAGCAGCCUGUACAGCUAGAGGGUAUGCAUCUAGAGGAGCCGCCUGCUGCAGCUGCAGCUUCUCAGGCUGACUCACUUAGAAGCCCCAGUCCUGCCCCUGAGCUUUUUCAUCCCCCACCACCACCACACGAACCCCACUCAUCUGGACCAACCGGUCCAGAAGCAAAGAUGUACAAAAAAGAUCUGUACAACAUGGAUGAACCUGUGAGAAUUAACCAUGGCAUGAAGCAGUCUCUGAGCUACAGUCACCAGCCUUCAUACCAGGACAAGCAGCCAUACCGCGAAUACGACCACCCGCCUUAUUGUUACGAUGGAGGCGGCUACGCAGAACCAAAGCCUCACAACGCUGACCCUCACCUGCACUACGAGAACCGUGUGCCUCAGUACAAUGAACAGUGGUCUCCCUAUGACCAGCAGACCUCUUCCUCCCAGCCCCCAGGAUACCAACAGGGCCACCAGCAACCCACCGGCUAUAACCCCCGGCCCCUAUACGAGGAUGGCCCAGGGAGAGACUACAGCCCGCCACAACCACGCUAUGAAGAGCCCCUUCCUGUGGGGUAUGAUGGAAGAUCACGGCACAGUAAACCUACGCCCAUUCGUUAUGAUGAACCACCCCCACCCUCAGCAGGCUAUGAUGGCCGCUCUCCUUAUGAGGCAGAAACUCACGGCUUCCCAAUAAACUCACCGCGUUCACCAGAACUGCCAAAGCAGUACUAUAGUGACCUGGGUCUAAGGCCUACCUACAUUCCCGGGCCUCAUCGGGGCUUUAAGGCAGGAAUGCACGAGCCUGCAAUGAACUCUGAGCCACCAGCACUCCCUCCUAAAACAGAGCCCCUCCCAUCCCCAGGGGAGCCAGUCAUCUCUCCAGGCACCAAAACCUUUCCACCUCUCCAACGGGAAGACCGGGAUGAAGACCUAAACAUGAAACCACAGUCGGUGCUCAACAGAGUGAAGAUGUUUGAAAAUAAACGCUCUGUUUCUAUGGACAGAGCGAAAGAAGGAGAUGCAACAGUUCUCAGGCCUGCAGAUGUUCCCAAGCCCUCAAGUGCACCUUGUCCAGUUCUCAAGGCCAAUUCUCUCAGCAACCUGGAGCAAGAAAGGUCCACCUACAGGGCUCCUGAGCCACAGAGGCCUCACACAAAACCACUUGAUGAUGUCAUGCGCUCCAAUCACUAUGACGCAGAUGAGGAUGAGGAGUACUACAGGAAACAGUUGUCUUAUUUUGAUCGCCGAAGCUUCGACAGCAAAGCCAUGGGCUUACCCAGUCCUGGCAUCAAUCGCUUCCACGAUCUUGUCAAACCAGCUCAACUGUCUUACCCAUACAACAGAGUGGAGUCUGUCGAGAAGGUUAGUUCAUGUGAGAAGCGAUAUGAGCCCCUGUCUCAGAUCAGCCCCUCCUCUCAGUACGGACCCCCUGGCUCUGCCAUCCCACCCAAUACACUGCCAAAACUCAGCCCUGGUCAUGGAAAUCCCAUACCAGAGCCAUUGAGCUCACCUAAUCCCAAACCUGACCUGGCAGCUCUCAGACCCAUUAGCAGGGAGGAACCCGCACCGGUUGGCUAUCUCCCCCCAAGGGCCCUCCCUGACAAGCCCCCAGUCAACGGCACUGACCCAGCACCCCCGAAGAAUGUUGCCGCCCCCAUUGGUUACAACCGUUACGUCCCCAAGCCGUACACCAGUUCGGCGCGACCUUUUGAGCGCAAGUUUGAGAGCCCCAAGUUCAACCACAACCUCCUACCCAACGACACACAGGUGAAAACGGACCUUCUCAUCAAGCCCGGCGGGGGAAAGCCCCAACUGUCACCUCAGCCCCUGGACCAUGACAGCGGCCUGGACACCUUCACACGCACCAUGGACAACAGGCCCAAAUACCAGCACAAUAACAUCAAUGCCAUCCCCAAGGCCAUCCCUGUAAGCCCCGGCGCACUGGACGAUGAUGACGAGGACGAAGGGCACACGGUGGUCGCCACCGCACGAGGUGUCUUCAAUUGCAACGGAGGGGUCCUGAGCUCCAUCGAAACUGGCGUCAGCAUCAUUAUCCCCCAGGGCGCCAUCCCAGAGAACGUGGAGCAGGAGAUCUACUUCAAGGUGUGCCGCGACAACAGCAUCCUGCCCCCGCUGGACAAGGAGAAAGGAGAAACGCUGCUAAGUCCUCUGGUGAUGUGCGGCCCUCACGGACUCAAGUUCCAGAAGCCUGUGGAGCUGCGCUUACCUCACUGUGCGUCUAUGACCCCUGAUGGUUGGUCUUUUGCUCUAAAAUCCUCCGACUCCUCGUCGGGUGACCCUAAAAGCUGGCAGAACAAAUCUCUCCCAGGAGACCCCAACUACCUGGUGGGUGCAAACUGCGUGUCUGUGCUCAUCGACCACUUCUAAAGAGGGCGACAGCUGGUCUGUUGGUGAAUGUGAAAGAACGGAGGAGGGCCGGGGUGCGUCCCCUCCAUGCAGCGAGGUUAGGGUACACAACACUCACCUCAAGGCGGUGAAUCAAACACUCCCACGUUGUUUACCGGACCCUCAAAAAAAAAACAAGAAAAAAAACCUCCCACACACUUAUGAGAAGAGUCAACUCCCUGGCUCUUCUUUUUUGUCCUUUUUGUUGGUGCUUUUGAGGCUUGCAAAAAAAAAAGAUGACAUACCACAAGUUAUUGGAACUCAUAUGAGAGUGCAUGACGGUGCCACAGACUGAAUAAUCUCAUCUUGAUAUUUUUAGAUACUUUUUUGGGGGGGAAAUCAGCAAAGUAAAAGAGAAAAAAAAAAGAAAUAUUGCUGUAAAAAAAGAAAAAAGAAAAGUGGGCAUAUGCAAACCUUUCGUUGUGUAGCCAUGAAGGAUCUCUGGAGGACUCACACAAGAAAUGACAGUUCAUUGUUAUUAUUAUUAAUAAUAGUAGUAGUAUCAAAGAGGCCUGUUUGUUCUGAUCGGGCGCUCUCUUUCCUUAAAAGUGAUGUUUUUGUAGCAAAUGUUUUACCGUAGACGAAUAAUACUGACAAACUCCUGCUGUCUAGAGAUCUAUGCAUGUGCUAUGACUCAGGUCCAGACGCCUGCUACCACUUUAACACACGAGAAUCCCAUCCAACACUGCGAGCAGUGAUGCCUUAUCUGCAUACAAACGAGAGAAAGAACUUUCCAAAUUGAACCCACCCUGACCCUCCUGUCACAGCCAACACCAAGUUGUCUCUGCUUUUUUUCCUUUCUUGGUUCUCCUAAACCUGAACUCGGAUUCUAGCACAUGCGUGAAGGCAGAAUGGACGCUUUCUUUUUUCCCGCUAUGCAUAUAUGAAGAGUGAGGAGACGCCGAAAAGCUCCCAGGAUGUCGUGGCUGUACAUAUUGCUAGCAUAUGGCCUUGGUUCUCUGUAAAUCAACUUUUGUACAUCUUUAUUAUUUUGUAUAAAAGACAAAAUGUUUCUUUAAAAAAAAAAAAAAAAAAAAAGCAAGAGAGAAAGGGAGAGCGGUUACAUUGGUUAUGUUUGUAUUCCGGUUAAAAACCCUGAGCCUUGGAACUGACACAAGCAGUAAUAAAUCCAACUUUUCUAGCAAUGUAUACACA